AUGGAGGUGCAGAAGCGUCUACAUGAACAAUUAGAGGUGCAGAGACAGCUACAGUUAAGGAUAGAAGCUCAAGGGAAAUAUUUGAAAAAGAUAAUCGAAGAGCAACAGCGACUCAGUGGGGUUCUUUCCGGUUGCCAAGUCGGUUCUCCUUCUGACAGUCCUAACGGCGAGAGAUCAACUAAAAAGCAACGAGUAAGUGUGGAAGGAGAGUAUUUAAAUCCAUACAUGAUGCUUCCACAUCAGAUACUUGAGUCAAGCAUGUCGUCAUACCAGCAACCUGUUUUCCUUAGCCAGGAUCACUUUGAUUCUGCUUUAGGGAUGUCUACAAGAAGUAGCGAGGAAUUGGACAAGCUUGGUGGUGGCAGGAAUAUGUGA